CAACAUUCCAUCACUUCUGCACCAAAAUUCAUCCGAGCGUGGUCCUCAGCUGGUUCAUCUCGCCAAUCGGGACUUCAAUGGUUGCCGCGUCGUAAAGAUAAAAAGGAGAAAAGUCGAGUGCAGGAUGGCCUUCAGACAGACGCAGCGACUCUACGCCAGAACCGAAGCACGUGUCAAGGGUUUUCGUGGGCCAGGCAUCAAGAUUCUUCGAGAUGCCAUUGUGGGAACGAGUGAAAUAGAGCUACCUGGUGUCCUUAAGCAAGACCUUAGUGCUAAGCGAUCACAGCCAUCGGCGGGUCGCAUAGCCUCUUCAAAAACCACCUUUGGAAGUGGAACCUCAUCAAUACCUAAAAGUGAGCUGUUGGCUCUACAGCGAUCUAGAUACGGUUGGGGGUCGUUGAAGCCGUCAAAAAGGAAGCAUGCUCUGGACUGGAGCCCGCCACCUCAUGGUUCUCGUGACUCAGUGCGGUGGAAACAUGUUGUAUACUCAUACAACAAGAACAAGACCCAGGCAAUGCCACUCCUGACGUCUAAAAUCCGCAGGGUUGCUCAAGCGUAUCUCAACAUGGAACGGAAGCCAGAAGGAUACGACGAAGCCAUGAAAGGAAAGAACCCGAAUACUCCGAAAUUCGGGAUCGAUGCUAGACAGAAAGCGUUUGUAUCCGGCCACACGUUCUUGGAUCAGCCCGUCUUUCAAGACCUACUCGGAAAGUUCACCGAAAUUCGCAAAAGUUUCAUGAUACCAUACCGAGAGUUAUUGAAGAUGGAACCUCCCGUUAUUUUCAAGCAUCGUGCAAACAGCUGCCAUGUCUCCCUUCACGUUCACGAUGAAAGGCUUCAACCUCCGCAAUUGGCGACGUGGCAGCGCUCUGAAAAUAAAUAGUCGACAUCAUGGACCCAUAGCCAGAUUUGCCUCGUUCAGUCGGGGAUUCCCAGCUUGGCUUAUCCAUGAAACGAAUAUACAUUGUACAUACUCUAUGGUCUCGAAAUUUUUCAAUUGGAUCAGGAUGUAACAUCAUCCCACAAUAGCACUGUAUAAAUAGCAAAAGGCACUUGCUCUAGCAAUGCUUCAGCUUCAGAAUUCUCGGAGAUUUUCAUGAAAUCAUUUUUUCUUUUUGCAGAUGAAAUUGUGGCGAGACCAUCCUGCGUGUAUUGCCUGAGUUGGUCCAUGCCGUGGCGCUCCCCGCUUCGCGGUUUCUUCGAUGCAACUGGAUGGUGCGACACCUUG